CCCGAGAGUCGCAUGACGUCAUUGAACAGUCCGGAAGCGCCUGCACGUGUGCUCUCCACUCGGUUCUGGGCCCCCUGGCCCCGCUGUCACCAGCCAUGGGUCGUUCCCGCCGGACAGGCGCGCACCGAGCGCACUCCUUGGCCCGCCAGAUGAAGGCGAAGCGGCGGCGGCCGGACCUGGAUGAGAUUCACCGCGAACUGCGGCCGCAGAUUCCGGCACGGCCCCGGCCAGACCCAGUCGCCGAGCCCGACCCGGAUCUGCCAGGGGGCGGCCUGCAUCGCUGUCUGGCCUGCGCGAGGUAUUUCAUCGAUUCCGCCAACCUGAAGACCCAUUUCCGAUCCAAAGACCACAAGAAAAGGCUAAAGCAGCUGAGCGUGGAGCCCUACAGUCAAGAAGAGGCCGAGAGGGCAGCAGGUAUGGGCUCCUAUGUGGCCCCCCAGCGGCUGGCAGUGCCCACAGAAGUAUCCACUGAGGUCCCUGAGAUGGACACGUCUACCUGACAUGGCCUGAGGAUGCAAGGCAGGGAGCUGCCCAUGGACAGUGAUGUAAGGCUAGGCUGGGAGAGACUGUGCCAAUCUCUUUUGGCCCUGGAUUUGGAGAAUGGAUGGCCUCUUCUGGGUGCCCUCCCCCACGAAUAAAGGAACUGGAUAAAGAA